AUGAGGAUAACUGCAAUUUUAGCAAUAUCGACGGUGGUUUUGACGACUACCGCUCAAACAAAACCGAUUCAUUCCAUUGAUGUUCCUCCAGAAACUCAAGGUUCGUUCCCAAGUCGGACUCUUCUGACAUUUUUCUAUUUCAGCCUACAAAGAAGAAGCGUCUCAAAUCCUUUUCGGAGAGCGUGGAAUUCUAACUGGAAUCUUCCGGAUGAUGGAUCAACAGCGUAAAGUUCAAACGGCGCCACAACACGACACGGCUGCUGCGCCACCGUCGGACAAUGGUAAAAUUGGUGAGGAUAUAACAGAUCUAAACCCGUUUUUCACACUUGCAUGACAAAGUUGCGUGCUGUCACUGACCGUGCCGCGUUGUAAUAAGCUUUACACCUCUGCUGCGGAUGAGUAAUAUUCGUAUUCUUUCAGGCAAUUUUGAUUUCAAGAAGAUUGUCGACACGUUGGUUUCCGGUUCCGCAAACAAAGGAGAGCUCGGAGAUCAUGAAACUGAACUGCCCGAAGUUUUGGGCAUCUGCAAUCGUCUCAGUUGCGGGGAUAUCUACAAAGCCAUCGACAAAUUCAGAAAAUCAGAGAUGUUCAGCAACUUCCAGGUACGCGUUUUUAAAAAAAAUUUCUAGAGAACUGGUUGUUUAGACAGCUCUAACUCUCGUUAACGACCCGAACGGAUGGGAGACAAUUGGAAAACUACUUUCGAAUCCGGAACUGAUCGCCCAGUUCACUUCUGGAAGUGGAAUGGAAGAACUUUUUGGAAGUGCACUCGGAGAAGCAAAAAAAGAAAGCGCCUUAAGUGAGUUUUCUUAAACACUUCCGCCUUACUUCCCUUUUUGUUCAGAUAAACACAAGAAUUCCAAAAUCAUGCCAGAAGAUGGCGAUUUCGGAAUCGAUUUCAGCGAAGACGGCGAGGGUGAAAACGUCACCAAAUCUGUGGAUAAAUCAGAGCCUAAAGUGGAAUUCAGUGUGGAUGCUAAAGGAUCUGAGGAUUAUUACAGUGAAGUGAGUUUUUGAUUCCAUUAUGCAUUUAAGUUUUGAAAAACUGUAAGGUCGCAAAUGUUGGAGAUGAAUCCGCGGAAGAGGCGACAGUGGAUCAAACACCACCUCCUUCAACGAAGAUUACAAAAUCUGCAGCUGGAACAACGGAUUUCAAUGGUCAGUUGAUCGCAUCAUCAUCCCUUAACGUGCUUGCAUCAAUUGCAGAAAAACUUCCACCGAUAUCAUUCUCGAUUGAUGGAGGUGGCGAGGAGAACGAGACCGACGAAACCGAAUCCGUAAUGACCGCCCAACUUCCUCCAAGGGUUCUCAAGGUUUGCACUUUUACGACUUUCCAAACGGCGAGCGAUGUUAUUAUCAAUGCAUGACGAUACUUUGUCCUGAAAACACAAUACACGCUCGUCGCAUUACUGAUAACGGUGGUUCCACACUUUCAUUGCAGCGGAUACAUGCCGGUGGCAUCACAGACACCAAGGACGGAGCACAACCUGCUUCGAGGGUAUAGAAACAAACUUACGUUGUGACGUGGCAUAUAUUCAUUUUCCAGAUUUCGUUGACAACCACAUCACAGCCAACGACAUAUUCAGCAUCCACGACGUCAUUCACCAGACCUGUUGUGACUAGUACUGUCACGACGACGACAAGAAGGAUUACUGCGACCACGAAACCAACCACCACCACUACGGCUAAAAAUUACAGGAAAGAUAAUGAUUAUUAUUCAAUGUACUAUGACGAUGGUGAAAAAGGAUAA